UCUUCUGGUAUUAGUUACCUAAUAAAAACAAUGAAGCUAAGCGAGGGAAGAGGCAAAGAAGAGAAGCACGGGAGACAACAUUUCAAGCACGACCUAAAAAACAUGAUCUCGUCUUUAACCCACAUGGGAGCAGAGAAGGGAGGACCGAGCCAAUAUGAAGAAAGGGAGGAGGAUGAAGGCGUCAGAGUUAUCACGCUCUCUGGAUCCAACAUAGGAGCCACCAUGAAGACAGAGCUCGACAACAAUCAUGGAGAAGACAAACAUGAGCUUGAUUUCCUUACUACCUUCGUUAACAGCAACUUUCAAGCUGUGAACAACUCGCUAAUGAUGGGGGCCAAGUACGAGACUCAUGAUCCCGGCGUUCAUCUUGACAUCUCGGGCGAUGUGGAGAAGCCUUUGAUGAAGGCAUCUGCGAGGGAGACAAAGGAUAAGAAGGGGAAGACUCCUGCUCGAAGUUGAACGUUGAGAAACUGAAAAAAUACAGAAUGGUAUCUUCAUGUAUACAACUUCUGCUUCUUCAGUAUUAAUUCUCUUUUAUCACUUGUCCAUUUAAAUAAUCAGAGAGAAGUUGUGCAUGCUAAACCACUUUAAUUUCUCUUCGAGGUUGUUGCGUAGUAUUUAAGAAAAUAAAUAUAUCAAUAUGUAACAUAACUUCUGAAUGUAUGUGUGUGUUAUAUAUGUGAACUUGUCCA